UCCCUCCUCCUUUCGCCCCUCCUUCCCUCCCAUCCGCGUCCUCUCUCUUUCUCUUUCUCUUUCUAUUUCUGUUUCUCCUCCUCUCUCUCUCUCUCUCUCCCUCUCUGCUCCUGCGAUCAUACUCCAUCUGCCUCUGCCGCUCCUCCCUCUCCUCCUCCUCCCUGUACUCUCUCUCCUCCUUCUUCGUCAGUCCCCUUUUGUUUUGCGCAUGUAUUUGUUUGCACGUGCAUCUGUUUACAGCAUCCAACGCGACUGCGAUUCCUUACCCAAGCUCCCUUUACUGUCCCUCUCAGAAGUAGUGCCCGACCAGGAACCAACACCCCAUUGCACCGCUAUCUGUACUCUACAUGUCCACAGCACCAUAUCCCAUCUCAAAGUCCAAGAGGGCCUCCUCCCGCCGGCCAUCAGCAGCCUGGGUCCUGUUCCUCUCGACCCUCGUCCUCCUCUCAGUCUCGCCAAAGCACGCCAAUGCCGACGAAUCAUGUCCCAACUGCGGUAUUGCCGAUACGAUCCUCAAGCCAUGCAACUCGUCCCUGCAGAUGCAAACCUGGCCUGGCACCCUUGUCUAUCAACCGACCCUGGAACAAUCCGCAUGCGCAUGUAACCAAAACUAUUACGAUCAGAUGGUCGGAUGCUUAAGGUGCCAGUCAUCAAGCUCUGCACACUAUUCUGUCAAGGACAUCGACAGCUACAAACUCGUGUGCCUAUCCAUGAACCAGCAAUGGAAGCUCAUCAACCUCCCUAACCAAACGACAACCACAAUAACCCCGACAAUCACAACCCCCUCCACAAGCAUGGGCGCCUCAGUCCCAACAACAAUCGAUGCGCCCUCAGGCAACAAGACUGUGGGGGGCAUUGGCAGUGGUAACAGCAGCCUCUCAUCAGGAGCAAUCGCAGGAAUCGUGGUGUCAGUGAUUGCUUUGGUCGUCGCACUUUCAGUCGCGGCGUAUGUCUGGGGAAGGCGGAGGAGGGAUCGCGCUCGAAAUGCUGGAGGUUUGGACGAGUACAAGUAUCGCGACACGCAGCCGGACUCGUACAUGGAGGUGGCUCUCCCUCAAUACACAGGCAUGAUCCAGCCUACGUUGCCACCCAUCUCCAAAGUCUCAAACCUGCGCGUUAUGAAUCCGGACAGUGACGAUGACGAGAAUGGGUCUCACUCUGCACUGCGGAAUCACAGCCAGCAUCAGCCUAGUUUUGAAGUUCGGCGAACUUCCUCGCCUGGCUGGCGUAGAGGAAGCUUCGAUGACGAUUAACAAGGUUACCCCCCUCUCUUCCCCCCCCCCC